AUGCAGCCUAAUGUAGUAGCAUAUAACUAUCCUGCUUAAACGGAUGGUUAUAAUUAACCUUAAGAUUAAUAAGCUUAUCAGCAAUAGUAACCCUUAAAUCAGGGUUAAGGAGUUCCGCUCGGAUAUCCGGUAAAUUAGUAAUACGCUCCCGUUCAAUAGCAAUAACCAUUUAUCAAUGGACCUGUUAUUAUAUAGCCAAUUAUUGUAUAAUAAGUAAGAAGAGCAAAUGCAGAUGGAUGUUAAUUUCCUGCUGAUAUCAAUUGCCCUUAUUGUCAAAAACCUGUUCAGACAUUUAUUAAACAUAAAAGCGGUUGUCAUACUUGGCUCGCUUGUUGGUUACUGUUUCUCUUUUUUUUACCUCUCUUCUUUUUGCCAUUUUGCUUUGAAGAAUGUUAAGAUAUAAUCCACUUCUGUCCAAAUUGUGGGAAAAAAGUUGGAAAAAAGAAAUACAAAAUGUGUUGUUGA